UUUGGUUAAAAUCUCAAUGGCACAUGUGUGGUACUGUUUCCAUGUGCCAUAAGAUAUUUCCAUUUAGGUGUAUGAUCGUCUGCAGAAUGUAGGUGUCAGUCUAAGCCAUAAUGGAAUGCUACAGUUUAUGACGGGUGUAUCUGGCAGCUUUAAUUCUGAGCUUAUUGACAGUGUGAAGGAUGGGAAAAGAUUUAGGAUCAUUGGUGAUAAUAUCAACUUUCACAUUGGUGUUGCACAGGCAAGAAAAAAUGUUGGUAAUCAGGACACAUGGAACAUUGGUUUGGAUCAGCAGCAAUAAUUCAAAAUGUGGAAUUCCCAGCAUUGUCAGAUAUUGCUCCCCAGGGUGAUUUGCUCCAACUGCCAUAUAAUACUUUUCUGCUGUCUCAGUCAGAUUUGAAUGAAGAAGUGUAUUAUAUGUCAUACCUUGCUGCGCAGAUUAUGGUGGAGCAUUUCCGUGGUUGCAGUUUGCUAAGGCUGCAAUGAAUGAAGUAAAGGACAAAAUUCCUGGUAUGAAUGUGCGAAAUAAAGUGAUACCUCUGCCUAUAUUGCACAAAAAUGAGCAAAAGUAUGCAGAUGUCAUUGACAUUCUGGAUUCAUACCAGGAACUUUGUGACUCAACAUUUGAAAAAGCUGAAAUAGAACCGUAGAAGGUCCACAUAGGUGGUGAUCAGCUCAUCCGUGAGAGAUUUUCUGGUGUUAGGCGCCUCCGAGUAGCAGCCUUUACUGAAACUGAGCGGUUGGAAAGACUUAAUCCAAUAACAUUUGAAUUAUUCCAUUUACAGAUGACUGUAUUGAAUACUUUUUACCAAAUUUUAUAUAGUACGCAAAGCACAGAGUCAUUUACAUUAUAUAGCCAAAAGGUCAGACUUUUGCGAAAAGAAGCAGAUGGAAAUGAUGUUAAAAACCAUUAUGAUAGCUGCAAAGAUCUUGCAGAAUCAGUGAUAAAAGCCUAUGUGAUUGAGGCAGCUUGUGAGCAUAUAGGACUGCCAGAUACAGACAUUGUUCCUGAAAAUAUUCCAGACACUGCCCAAAUGUCAUCUGAAGAGGUCAGAAGUUGGUUAGUUGGUCAAGUAUCCCCUAUCAUACAAAAGGUUACCAAAUCAACUAGAAAUGUUCUAAAUGGCACAUAUGUUCAAGAAGAAAAUCCAGAUCCUGUGUACAGUUAUGGAAACAUUGUGCUUGAGUUAGGAUUAAUUUUCAUGAACUUUUGUAACAUUGUAAAAAACCCAAACAGAGACUGGUUGCUCAAUGUUAUGAAAUAUCUAAUGAUGAUGUUGAAGGGUCACAACAAUAGGUCAAAGUAUGCUCUUGAAUUACUUAGGUUGCUAUGUCAUCAGUUUGCACUGCUGAGUGAAAGAACUGCGCACGAGACACUUUAUGGUCUUUUCGUAAAUACAAGAAAAUCAAUAAUUCCAGCAGACUUACAAAUGGAAUACUUAGUGAGGCUUACAAAAGGUCACUUACGGUCUAUGUGCUCAAACGUAACAGAACAAUCCUUAGUUAAAUGGAGUAGUUCCUUUUAUGGUAUGAAUGAAAUAUCCGAGCAUUUUGACAAAGAAACUUCUACAGUCACGCAAGCACAAAAACAUAAGAGGUUGUCAUCCUUUGAAGAUGAAAAUAAAAUAAUAAAAAAUCUUAGGAAAAUUAGACCCUUUCUGGAAACUCCAGGUCUCAAGUUGAAUCGAUGGAAAAAGCCCCCAAAAAUCCAAUCACCAAAUUAAAUUUGGAUGAUUUCAUCAAGUGGAUUGAAAACCAUAAGGUCAAUUUGUUCUAUGAACUGUAGAUAACACUUGAUGGCGUGAUAGGUUUUAAUUUGGAUCUUGUACAGUAAGACCAGAGUUAUGGCCCUUGACUUUAAAAUAGGAUUAAAACAGGUUAAGUUUGUGUCAUAUAUAUCUUAUAAAGUAUUUGUCCCAGACUUAUGAUACAUUAAAGGAAUAUUACUUAGCAUGUGAAGUUGUGCAUUUGUGAUUUUGUUAGAGAUAUUACUUGGUCAGACCAGAGUUGUGAUUAUAUAGCAUGUGAUGCUGCACACCUUGUGUUCUGGAGACAGUUGUUCGAAACUUGAACCGGCUGUUAAAGUAACCGCUUGUUAAAUUUUGAUUCAAAACACUAGUCUUGGUGGGAUGACUAGUAUGAUGUUUCGAUUUUAUUAUAAAGAAUUUCGGAUUUCAUCAUUCUAAACUAAAACAUUUGUUUUUCGAAGUUUUCUAAAAUGUUGAAAACUAACCCUAAAAGUUAAUCAGCUGUCAGCUUUAGGGCCUGUUAAAGUUUCGAACAACUGGGCCCUGUUUGUGAUUUCACUCAGCCAAAGUGGAGUUACAGUUCUUGAAACAAAAAAUGGUACAUGAUGUUAUUGCACAUGGAGAAUGAAAGGAUAUUCAGAACACAAAUUUUAUCAUUUUAUCAGUAAAAAACUGCCUGCUCAAAUUGAAGGCUUUUUAUAUUGGUAUCAUUCCAAAUUGUAGUGUACAUAAUUUUUCAAUGACACAUUGGAACACUUCAAAAAUUAC